CGUAGAGCAAACUCAUAGGGCGCCGCCAUUUUGGUUUACGAACCAGCCUGCGACCCGCAGGGGUCCUCACCCCCUCCCUUCCUCCUCUUAGGCGUCUUCAUAAAAUGCCUGUGGAGAACCCCCUCUUUUUUCGCUCCGCUCCCAAGAUGGCGUCGAUGCGGGAGAGCGACACCGGCCUGUGGCUGCACAACAAACUAGGCUCUACGGACGAACUGUGGGCGCCGCCGAGCAUCGCCUCGUUGCUCACGGCGUCGGUGAUCGACAACAUCCGCCUCUGUUUUCACGGCCUCUCCUCGGCCGUCAAGCUGAAGUUGCUGCUAGGGAUGCUGCACCUGCCCCGCCGGGCGGUGGAUGAGAUGAAGGGGGCACUGACUGAAAUUGUCCAGCUCGCUACCUUGGAUUCAGACCCCUGGGUCUUAAUGGUAGCUGAUAUUUUAAAAUCCUUUCCAGAUACUGGCUCCCUUAACCUUGAUCUUGAAGAGCAGAAUCCCAAUGUUCAAGAUAUUUUAGGAGAACUUAGAGAAAAAGUAAGUGAAGGUGAAACAUCAGCUAUGUUGCCGUUGGAAUGCCAGUAUUUAAACAAAAAUGCCUUGACAACACUAGCGGGGCCACUUACCCCCCCAGUCAAACACUUCCAGCUGAAAAGGAAACCUAAAAGUGCCACUCUCCGAGCUGAACUCUUGCAGAAGUCAACAGAAACUGCUCAACAGCUCAAGAAGACUGCAGGAGUGCCUUUUCAUGCCAAGGGCAGGGGACUGGUCAAAAAGAUUGAUACAACAACACCACUCAAAGGAAUACCAAAACAAGCUCCAUUCAGGAGUACUUCAGCACCUAGUGUAUUUAACCCUUCUGGAAACAGAAAUCCUAUUCCUCCUUCAAGAACGCCUUUGCGUAAAGAAAGAGGAGUAAAGCUUUUAGAAUUCUCUGAGCUGGAUAUGGUAGGUGCUGGCCGUGAAGCAAAGAGAAGAAGAAAGACAUUAGAUACAGAAGUGGUGGAAAAGCAAGCCAAAGAAGAAACGGUAGUAGAAAAUGCUACUCCAGAUUAUGCUGCUGGCCUUGUGUCUACACAGAAACUUGGCUCACUGAACAAUGAGCCAGCGCUGCCUUCUACAAGUUAUUUACCUGCUACUCCCAGUGUGGUGCCAUCUUCCUCAUACAUCCCGAGUUCUGAAUCACAGCCAGCUGGCUCUGCACGAGAGGCCUUGCAGACUAACAGGCAGACUGAAGAGCCUGCAGCUCCAAAUGCUACCACAACUCUUCCUGCGCAAUUCAAGCAAAGAACUCCCAUGUACAACAGUAACUCGAAUCCACCUGCAACUACACCUACCUCACCCCUCACACCUACCACACCUCCUGCCAUCUCCCCUGCAGCACAGGCACCACAAGUGGCCCCUCAAACUCAACAACAGCCACCACCGAAAAAAAGCCUCUCUCUUACAAGGGAGCAAAUGUAUGCUGCACAGGAAAUGUUCAAGACUGCAAACAAAGUUACAAGGCCAGAAAAGGCUCUUAUACUUGGAUUCAUGGCAGGAUCCAGAGAGAAUCCUUGCCAAGAGCAAGGUGACAUCAUUCAGAUUAAACUUAGUGAGCAUACAGAAGAUUUACCAAAGGCAGAUGGCACUGGCAGCACCACUAUGUUGGUUGAUACAGUCUUUGAAAUGAACUAUGCUACUGGUGAAUGGACCAGAUUCAAGAAGUACAAACCUAUUACUAAUGUUUCUUAAGAGUUGCAGCGACAGCAGACUGGACCAAAUCAAGCUUAGAGUCAACCAGCUCAUAGAGUAUGUCAACUGUACAAAAUGGCAUUUGUGUACAUUUAUUACCCUCCAGCUUAGAAGUUGUGGCUCUUCAACCUAACUGGGCUCAAUGAAUGCAGAAGAAGAUGGUGUUGAAUUUACUUUUUUCCUUUUUUUAUUAUCUGGAAAAGGUGAUUUGAGGGAGGAAGUGGUUGGUGGCUUUUUAUUCUGUUCUUUUUUUUUUUUUUUAAUGCAAUUUAAGAUGCUGGAAGAGGAGAGGAGAUCACAACGGAAAGAUGG